AUAGGAAGAGCUAGUGCGAUACCCAUUUCAUUUAAGCUCCUAACAAAAAACAAGAGAAAAGAUAAAAAUGAGUGGGGCUUCCAUAGACGACGACAGCAAUAAGGAGCUUAACGAACCGCUAUUGGAACCCAAACGACAACCUGCGGCGGGCGAAGAGAUAAGCUCGGAGCUAGAAGACACACUCUCCGACACCAGCUUGUCCAACCUGCGACGGCUGCAAAAGGCCACCGCCAUUGAGCUGAGGAAUCUGUUCCGCCUGGCGGCGCCGGCCAUCAUCGUUUACUUGCUCAACAAUGUUACCUCCAUGUCCACGCAGAUCUUCUGCGGCCAUCUUGGAAAUCUCCAGCUUGCCGCUGCUUCCCUUGGGAAUGAUGGUAUUCAGCUCUUGGCCUAUGGAGUUAUGCUAGGAAUGGGAAGUGCAGUGGAGACACUAUGUGGGCAAGCCUAUGGAGCACACAAGUAUGAAAUGCUAGGAAUCUAUCUCCAAAGAUCCACCAUCCUCCUCAUGUUAACAGGCCUACCCCUCAUGGCCACAUACCUCUUCUCCAAACAGAUCCUCCUCUUGCUAGGAGAAUCCAAGACAGUUGCCUCUGCAUCUGCCCUCUUCGUCUACGGCCUAAUCCCCCAAAUCUUCGCCUACGCCGCCAAUUUCCCCAUCCAGAAGUUCUUGCAGUCUCAGAGCAUUGUGAACCCCAGUGCAUACAUCUCAGGGGCCACUCUGAUUCUGCACAUCUUUCUCACAUGGCUGGUUUUGUAUGUGUGGGAUUGGGGGCUCCUGGGAGGGGCUCUGGUUCUCAGCCUGUCUUGGUGGAUCAUUGUGGGGGCACAGUUUGGGUAUAUUUUGUGCAGCAAGAAGUGCAGGAGGACUUGGAGUGGGUUUAGCUGGCUGGCGUUUUCUGGGCUCUGGGAUUUCUUUAAGCUGUCACUUGCUUCUGCUGUGAUGCUGUGUUUGGAGACCUGGUACUAUCAGAUUAUGGUUCUGGUGGCUGGUUUGCUCCCUGAUCCUGAAGUGGCAUUGGAUUCUCUGGCUGUUUGUUCGACAAUUCUUGGAUGGGUGUUCAUGAUUUCUGUGGGUUUCAAUGCGGCAGCAAGUGUGAGGGUGAGCAAUGAGCUAGGGGCAGGUCAUCCCAAGUCGGCUUCAUUUUCAGUAAUAGUGGUCACACUCAGUUCCUUCAUCGUCGCCGUCGUGAUCGGAAUAGUCGUCAUACUCCUCCGCCGCCGGCUGAGCUACGCCUUCACCGGCGGCGAAACCAUCGCCAAUGCAGUCUCCGAUCUUGCACCUCUCUUGACCGUCUCCAUUCUCCUAAACGGCAUUCAACCUGUCUUGUCAGGGGUGGCGGUUGGGUGCGGAUGGCAAUCGUUUGUGGCGUAUGUUAACGUUGGAUGCUACUACGUUGUCGGCAUUCCGGUGGGGGUUCUUCUUGGCUUCAAAUUCAAACUUGAAGCUCAGGGAAUCUGGCUGGGAUUGCUGGGAGGAACAGCCAUGCAGACACUUAUUUUAAUAUGGGUCACUUUUCGAACCAACUGGGAUAAAGAGGUUGAAGUAGCACAAAACCGGUUGAAAAAGUGGCAAGAUAAAGAAAUUUAAGAGAAA